GGAAGCAGGGAGAGCGUGCAGACCCCUGAGAAGGUGCAAAGGGUAGACCGUCUUCCUGGAAACACGCUCCCCGUGCCCGUUGCAGUUCCGUUCCGUUGCAGGGGCCCCCAGACACGCCCACCCUCCAGGCCCGAGAGAAGGAGCCCUCAGCCAGACAAGGAUGACGUUGAGGCCACUCGAAAGGCAUCUGGUCCCACCCCUCAUUUCACUGAUGAGGAAGCCAAACCCUAGAGGGGAAGUGACUCCCCAGAGCAGGUUGGUCACUGAGCUGGAGGAGGAAUGACAUCUCACGGCUCGCUCAGCUGACAGGACCAACAACAGGGAAGAACAUGAGCCAGUCCGCCAAAAAUGGGAGCUGCUCCUCUGAGGAUGUGGACCGGGUGAUGCAAAUCGUGCAGGUGGUGGUCCACGUCCCCACCUUCUUCCUGGGCCUCGUCCUCAAUCUGCUGGCCAUCCGGGGCUUCUGCGCUCUCCUGAAGAAGAGGGUGCUGGAACAUGUUGCCACUUGCACCUACAUGAUCAACCUGGCGGCCUUUGACCUGCUGAUGGUGCUCUCCCUCCUGUUCAAGAUUGUCCUGUUCUAUGUGCCGCCCCCCUUUCCAUCCCUGUGCAGCUUGGUGGAGGGCCUCCACUUCAUCAGCAUGUACGGCGGCAUCUUAACAGUCUGCUUCAUCAGCCUGGAUAGGUACUUGGCCAUCCAGUACCCGUUCCUGGCCAGCCACUGCCGGUCGCCCAGGAAGAUCUUCGGGAUCUGCUGCGCCAUCUGGGUCCUGGUGUGGGCCGGGAGCAUCCCCUUCUACAACUUCAGCUGGGAAGAAGGAAGGUACACGUGCUUCAACAAUAUGUCCAGUAAGGUCUGGAGCGCCCACAUUGUCUUCCCCGUCGAGGUGUUUGGCUUCCUUCUUCCCCUGGGCGUCAUGGGCUUCUGCUCCUACAAGAACAUUCACAUUCUGGUCAGCCGUCAGGACACCAACCCGGACCUGAACCGGAAGAAGAAGGCCUGCAUCUGGACUAUCGCAUCCAGUCUGGCUGUUUUCGUGGUCUCCUUUCUCCCAGUACACAUAGGUUUCUUCUUGCAGUUCCUGGUAAGAAAUGAGUUUAUUCUGGAGUGCAGAGUUCGGCGGAGCAUCACCUUCUUCGUGAAGUUGUCCAUGUGUCUCUCCAACGUCAACUGCUGCCUGGACUUUUUCUGCUAUUACUUUACCAUCCAAGAAUUCCACAUGGGCAUCAGGUCCCGGCAGAACUCCAAAGACCAGCUGGAGCUGGACCUCUUGCAGGCCAGGACUACUGUGGCUGGGGACAGAAAGCUGUCCGCAGAGAAAGGAAACUGCAGCCUUGGACCCUAGUGGCAGACACCCUUUUCCAGGACCUUGCUGGGGUGGGAGGAUGCGUGGUGCAUGACUGGUGUGCUUUCCCUUUACACGCUCAGUGAACGCUGUGUCCGCUCGUUGUGCCCCCAGAGACCUCCCCGCACACCCAGACAGCGCAACAUAAAUCACUUGGUGUUUGGAGAUUUCUGAUGAACCUGAGAACCAAGUGAAUUCUUGACCGCUGAGUCCAAAAAGUAUGAGGCAGAAAAAUGAGAAAGAAAAGGAGACCAUCUGAACAAGGCCACCUCUCCUCUAUCUCCUGCUAGGCUGGAAGUUUCUGGAAAGGAAGAGAGAGAGGAGUUGAGAGAGAGAAUCAAGGUCGGUCACGGUGGCAGGGGCCCUGGGCUGAGACGCAGUGGGAGGCGAAAGGGUGAAGCCAGAGCCAUUGGCUAUGGUGGCACCAUUUGCUGAGCAGGCCUGUGACCUUGUUAGACAGGGCUGCCGGUUUACUCUUCUGAGU